AUGAAGACCAACUUCCUCCUCGUCCUCGCCACCGUCGCCGCUGGUGUGCUCGCCCAUCCCGAGGCGAAUAUCGAGAACAACCUGGCGGCCCGAUCCGGCACCUGCCACAAGCCCAGCUCCUGCAGCAAGUUCUGGGCUGGCAAAUGCGAGCAGUACUGCGCGCCUUACAAGUUCUCCCAUAUGACCGAUGACGGUUGCUAUAUGUUCGCCCAGAAGUGCUGCUGCGAUACCACCAAAGCCUAA